UGACUCUAACAUGGCAGCUUCCGUGAACAGAAGCUUUUUCUUGCUUGUUUUAUUUACAUGUUUUUAUCAUACUGCACUGGGACAAUGGCCAAUUCCGUAUCGGCGUUUCAAAUACAGACCAAUAUCAAGUACAUACUGCAAGGCAGGAGUGAUUCCAUUUUGUCCAACAGGACAGUUACCAAAUUCAAUGCCCAAAUUUAAGCCAGAUGACAAAGUCCAGUUAUAUGCAAUGAAAAAACCAGUAUGGCAGUUCAAAUUUGGAAAUCUUCUUGGGAAAUUUCAUAUCAUUCACGAUGCUUUGGGAAUCAGUAAUCUGAACACAGGCCUGAAUUAUACCAUGGAAUGGUAUGAGUUAUUUCAGCUCUUUAACUGCACAUUUCCCCAUGUUGUAAAUGAAUCACUUCUCUGGUGUAAUCAGGGAGCAACUUGUAUCUAUGAUGGGAUUGAAGACAGACUGUGGAAAGAAAACGGAACACUAAAACUCAUAGCUACCACUAAUGGUGAUGUGUUUAACCAAUUUGCAGAAUGGGUUUUGUGGGAUAACACAACUGGACUUUAUUAUGAGACUUGGACAGUCAGAGACAAACCAGAUGGGAAGUUGUGGUUUGAUUCAUUUGACUGUGCCAGUUGGGUUUUAAGGGCACUUCAAGAAUUUGGAAAGCUGGGAGUCAAGUUUGACCAGAGUGUAAAACUAAAUUACACCCGCAUAAAUUUGUUCUCAGAUACCCCAAGGUAUCUCGGAAAUGUCUCUGUGGUGUUUGCCAACAAAACGCUGAAGACCGAUAUUAUGAAAUUCUACACCAAAUUUCAAGCACACGUGGCCAGCCCACUACUGAUAGAGCAUCUGAUAUCUGCUUUAGAGGAGAUAUUUAUUGACAACAAAUUUUAUUUCUUUUAUAAUGAGGAGUACUGGUUUUUGCCAAUGAAAUCUCCUCAUGUAAAAUUAACAUAUAAUGAAAUACCUCUGCCAUCCUGAAUGGUUUUACCAGGUUAAUUUUAUGUUGACCUUGUGUUCUAUCAUAAAUGCUUGAUAUUGUCACUAAAGAACAUUCCAUACAAUAUACCGGUAAGAUGUUCAUGCAAGACGAUUUAUAAUUUAUUCAAAAUAUAUUAAUUUUAUAUAUAUUGCACAAGCUAGGAUUCAGAUGAUUAUAAUAAUACUCUGUUGAUAUUUUAUUAACAUGCAGCCAGACUUCAUUUAUUAUCACUCAAAGGUAAUCAGAAUGUGAAAUAUUUAUACACUUGUUAUCAAAUACAGUCAUGCAGCAAUAUUUAAGUGAUAUGCUUGGUGAACUGGUCAAUCAAAAAAAAAGCUCAAUUUUUUUUCAUAUCAAUCAUUUGAUACUCAUGUUGAGUAUACUCAGAGUGGGCAUUUAUAAUGUAGCAUAUAUUAAUUUUUUUUUUAAUUGAACCAUGAAUAAUGCAUGUGUAUAUGUAAAUGUUAAACUGAAUGUUACGGGUCAGUGACAGGUGACCAUAAGAUAACUCACCAAACGACAACUUGCCAACACUUUUUUCACCGACACUUUAAAACUUGUCAAUACGACAUGUCCCAUAAGACAAAUCAUCGACAGAAUAUAAUACACCGACAUUUACAAAAUCAAGAGAAAAUUGUGUAUGCGAAUGUAUGUUUUUAUUUUUUUUUUUUUACAUGAACAACUAUCAAAUUUUAUAAUUAAAGUUGUGUGCCAACAUUAAUUUCUGAAACAGUGUCUAUAUAAUUAAUUUGUACCAUUAUUUACUAAUUGUUUAAUCAACGAAUCUGUGAUACAAAUGUUUACAAUACUGGU